GUGUUUUGAUGCUUGCAUUUUUAUCUGUUUGUGUGGUAUUUCGUAUUGAAUAUUGAAGCAAAUGAGGGGAUUCAUUAUAGAAUUUACUUGUACUGCCGCGCUAUGUUCAUUAUUCUUGUCUACUGCCACACCAUACUACAGGAACGGUGCGGUGAACUGUGGAGACCACGAUGAUAGUACGUUAUGUGCGUGCUUGGCAAUAAUAGGGCCACUGCUCAUACGAGGUUGUUUCGGUAACAUGCAGAGAGUUUGCUAUUGAUUUGAUUUUCUCUGCCAACAUUUGAAAACAUCUUGAUUUUUUUUGGAGCAGGCUGUCAAAGGAGAGCUAGGAGUCACAUUACACCGUUAAUGAGAACAGCAGGAGGAUAAUGGAACUGGGGCGUGUAUGAGUUGGGCUCGGCAGGGAGACUGGGAGAGACAGGUUCUACGGGAGCUGUGUGCAUGUGACCAUGCAUGGGAGUGGUUUAGUCUUCAGGCAGUGCUUUGAGGCCGUCAGCUAGGCCAGGCUGUGACCAGUCCCAAGGAGCGUGUCCCAAGUCGUGUUGUCUGCUAGUUGGGAGAGCCAUGAGGCACUUCAGAACUCGUACCAGGGACUGAAACCUUCCUGAAAAGAGAGCUAAGAAAUGUGUUGAAGCUGUCAUUGUUGUACCCCCAGCUCCUGUGAAGAUGACUUGAAGCCUUCACAUUCACACGCACAAAAGUAGCAGACCAUCACUAGAUACACUGAACAGGUACAGUCACACCUGGAGCCGUUGGGUUUAUAAAGUCGACUGGGACUGCAACCAUGGACAAGUACGAGAAACUGAAUAAGAUCGGUGAGGGGUCGUAUGGCGUGGUGUUCAAGUGCCGAAAUAGGGACACUGAGGAGAUUGUUGCGAUCAAGCGCUUUGUUGAGUCUGAAGAUGACCCCUCUAUAAAGAAGAUUGCCCUGCGAGAAAUCCGGAUGUUAAAGCAACUGAAGCAUAGAAACUUGGUCAACCUGUUGGAAGUGUUUCGACGGAAGCGGAAGUUGCAUCUGGUAUUUGAGUACUGUGAGAAGACGCUGUUGAACUCCCUGGAUGAGUACGCUAAGGGGAGAUUAAUUGAGCAUCAGGGAACACUGGGAGGGAUGCCGGAAGAGAAAGUCAAGAAGUGGAUCAAACAGCUCUUGGAAGCCGUCAAAUUUUGCCACGAUCACAAUUGUAUUCAUAGAGACGUGAAGCCAGAAAACAUCCUCAUCACAAAGGAUGAGAUGCUGAAGUUGUGCGACUUUGGCUUUGCCAGAAUACUAACGGGUCCAGGCGAUGACUACACAGACUACGUGGCCACGCGAUGGUACCGGGCCCCUGAGCUCUUGGUAGGGGACACCAAGUACGGGCCACCAGUGGACGUCUGGGCCAUUGGCUGUGUCAUGGCCGAGAUGCUGACCACAGAGCCGCUCUGGCCCGGCCGCUCGGAUGUGGACCAGCUCUACCUCAUCCGCAAGACACUAGGUGAUUUAAUUCAGAGGCAUAUGAACAUCUUCAGUACCAAUGCCUUCUUCCAAGGUCUCCCACUCCCUGAACCUAAAGUAUUAGAACCUUUGGAUUUGAAGUUUCACGAAGCUCCUGAUGCCUUGAAAUUCUUGAAGGCCUGUUUGAAGAUGGACCCGCAAGCCAGGAUGACCUGUGAACAGCUGCUUACAAUAGAGUUUGUGCAGGUCGCCGGUGAGGACCGGGACAAGGAGAAGGCAGAGCGUGUUGCUAGGGGCCGGCAUGGGCGUGCACAGGGCCGAUCCAGGCAUCAUAGAUGGUUCAGUCGUAACCCACCGCCACCUCAACCACCACCAUCACUGCCACUUCCGCAACAGCCGCAGAAUCACUUCUACAACCUGCCCCAGCUGACCAACAGCAACAUCACCAUGAAUGCGACGCUGGCAGCCUCUCCAGCUGACCCCAAGGCUGUCACUAAAGACAAGGCCGACAAGCACAAGCUGGACAAGCACAAGGCGGACAAGCACAAGCCGGACAAGCCCGAAUACCGGCACCUCCCAAAUAUCUCCAACUUCUGAAGUGUGUGGUCAGGCCAGGGGCCCCC